AUGGGGGCGAAUUGUUAAUCAUGCUGUGCAAAUAAAGACAAUGACAAUACAGAAAUUAGAUUACCAAAGGAGAAAACUAAGCCGAAGCCUGAUAAUUAGGAAAACGAGCAAAAAAAAGAGGAACAGAAAGUUUAGGUAAAAGAACAUGAAAGAUUUACGAUUGAUUAAGAAUAAUAAAAAUAAAAGAAAGAUUAAAAAAAGGAACAAAAAAGGGAAUCUGCAAAGGAAGCACCUCCUAAAAAUGCUGAUGAGAAUUCUAAAAAAUCCUAAGAAUUGGAUAAAUAAUUAAAUAUUUCUGCCAACCAUUCAGUUAGCAUGAACGUAGCAAGCAAUCAAGAAGGAAAUGAUCUGAUUAAAAGUACAAUGAACAGCACUGAAAGAAAGAGGUUACCCCCAAUAUAACUAGAGUCAGGAGCUGUAUAUGAAGGAGAGUGGAAAAAUGGAAUGAGGGAUGGAUCAGGAAGAUAAAAAUGGCCAGAUGGUUCAGUUUAUGAGGGAGAAUGGGUCGAAGAUAAGUCUUCAGGAAGAGGUAAAUUAACACAUGCAGAUGGAGAUGUUUAUGAUGGAGAAUGGAAAAAUGAUAAAGCCAAUGGUAAAGGAACAUAUGUUCAUGUAAAUGGAGCCAAAUAUGAAGGAGAAUGGGAAAAUGAUAAAUAGCAUGGUAAAGGAGUAGAAAACUGGCCAGAUGGAGCAAAAUACGAAGGUCAAUAUUAUGAAGGAAAGAAGCAUGGAAAGGGUAUUUUGAAUUUCGCUGAUGGUUCACGAUAUGAUGGUGAGUUCCUGUAAAAUGAUAUACAUGGAGAGGGAACAUAUAUUUGGCCUGACAAGAGAGUUUACAAAGGGUCAUGGAAAAAGAAUAAGAUGCAUGGCAAAGGACAGAUUAUUUGGCAGGAUGGUCGUAAAUACACUGGGGAAUAUGAAGAAGAUAAAAAGCAUGGUAAAGGAGUGUUUGAAUGGGCUGAUGGCAGAAAAUACAUAGGAACUUGGAUAUAAGGAAGAUAACAUGGCAUCGGAAUUUAUUAUUUAUAGAACAGAGAAGUUAAAGUGGGUGAAUGGAAUGAAGGAAAAAGAAUGAAAUGGUUUGAAAAAAAUGAAAUUGAUUAGUUAAUAGAGGAAUAAAAAAUAAAGAGAGAAGAUUUACAUUAAUAGGAUUGA